AUGGACUUCGAUAUUGAUGCCGUACUUGAUCAAUUAGAAAAGACACUCAAUCAAUCGGAUCAUGAAGAUAAAACAACAGAACAAAUUAUUCAAACGCCUUCGUCUUCUUCUACUUUAACAAAAUCAGUUGAUGAUUUACUUUUACUUGAUCUUGAUCCUCUUGGACAUCCAGAAGAUAAUGAUAAUAAUCAAGAAAACGAUGAUAAACUUGAGCGUAUUAAACAGGACCUUCAAGAAUUGUAUGCAUCAUCAGUUGUAAUUGAUACAUCAUCCGUACCAAUACCUAUUCUACCUGAUCUUAUUGGUCAACAAGACGAAUUAUCAUCAACACCAUUACCAUUAGCUGUUGAACAACUUGAACUUGAAGUGCGACAAGAAGUUUUACAGCAUACUCUUGAACAGACAUCUUCUUCAUUAUUAUCACCAGAUAUAACAAAUAUUUCGAAUAGUCACCAUGAUGAUGAAAAAGAAACGGCUAUAUUUUCAACAUCAUCAAUUUCGGAUGAAGAAGAACAUCAUCAACGAGAACUAGAAGAAAAUUUAACGUCUUCACCGGACAAUGAAGCAACAAAAAGAUUAACUAACUUUACAUUUCAAAAUGAACCUGAUCUGAUUCAACAUGAAACAUCCUCAACGCAAACACAGUUUGUCUUACAUAGUGUCGAUAGUAUUGUAAAUGCGCCGAUGGGAUCUAAUCUUGACGAUUUUAUCGUGUCCAGUUCACCGAUGAGUGAAAUAAUGCCACUUCAGCUAACUUCUGAUGUUUUCUUUACAUCAUGUGAUGAUAAUGAAGAAAAAUCAAUACAAUUACCAUCUGAAGAUCUCAUAGUUGAAUCUUCACUACGUUCUUCUCCUUCGAAUAAUGUCACAAACACUGCAACUACACAAGAUUUUGAUCUUGUUAAAAAUGUCCUAUCGGAAAUAUUUGAUAAAAAUGAUGAAGAAAUACUUGACGAAAAUCCUAUUGAAGAAAAAGAAUCUGAGUUAGUCAAUAUUGAAAAACAUGAUAUGUCUUCACCAACAAUGCUUUCACCGUCGUUAUUGAAUACAAAUAAUGAUGAUGAUGACUUUCGUUUUCUUGAUGAUAUGCUUGCAAGUAUUGAUGGUCAUGAUACUGAUAUUCAUCAAUUAACUUCAGCUGAAAUUGAUCGUGUUGACAGUUUACUUAAAGAUAUCGUUAAUUCACAUAAAAGAGAAGCAGCAGAGACACCUCCUAAUGAUAUCGAACCUUGUCCACCUCCAUCUCCUCCUCUUUCUGAACAAGCAUCAAUAUCACCAAAUGAAUUUUCUGGUUUACAAAUAGCACAGUCAGUAGCAGCACCUGUCGAUGAAGAACUCAUUCGUGUUGAACAAGAAUGGGCGGAAUUAACUGAAGCAGAGAAAACACUCGGUUCAGUUAAGCCCGAAUGGGUUAGUGAUGAGCUAGCAACUGGAUGUACGAAAUGUACUGCAAAAUUUUCAAUAACUCGUCGUCGGCAUCAUUGUCGAGCUUGUGGAAAGGUUUUUUGUUCGACAUGCUGUUGGCAAAAAAUUAAAUUAAUUCACAAUGAUAGUAAAGAAGAUCGAGCUUGCAACGAUUGUAUUAAAACUAUAAAUCAUGUUGAAUACUUAUGGAAUUAUAAGCGUAAUAAUCAAAAACCUCGGUCAUCUGUAUUACGCAAAAAGACAGGUAAGAAUUGA